UGGCAGUUUCCACCCGGAGGCCAAACAGGGACGUACCAGAGUAAAGGUGUGUCGCAGUCAGACCGGUCCGGGUGGGUAAGUGGGUGAAAGGUCCAACAGUCAGGGGUGACAGCAGCUGACAAACACACACCUCAGUCACUGAGACGCAGUCCAACAGAGCGGAAAGUAAAAAUGUCCAAACAACAGACGAUCAGUCCGAUGAAGAACUUCUUCGCCGGAGGAUUUGGAGGCAUUUGCCUCGUCUUCGCCGGACAUCCUCUCGACACCAUUAAGGUGCGUUUACAAACUCAGCCCGUGCCCAAACCUGGAGAGAGCCCGCUGUAUGCUGGAACCAUUGAUUGUUGUAAAAAGACUUUAGCCAAAGAGGGUCUGAGAGGGCUCUAUAAAGGCAUGGCGGCCCCGAUCAUCGGAGUCACGCCCAUGUUUGCUGUCUGUUUCUUUGGAUUUGGACUGGGAAAGAAACUACAACAGAAGCACCCUGAAGAUGUCCUUACGUAUCCACAGCUGUUUGCUGCGGGCAUGUUGUCUGGUGUGUUCACCACGGUCAUCAUGACUCCUGGAGAGCGCAUCAAAUGCCUCCUACAGAUUCAGGCAUCUUCAGGAACAGUGAAGUACGCCGGACCCAUGGACUGUGUCAAACAGCUGUACAAAGAGACUGGGAUCAGAGGAAUCUACAAAGGCACCGUUCUGACUCUCAUGAGAGAUGUCCCAGCCAGUGGAAUGUACUUCACGUCCUACGAGUGGUUGAAGAACCUCCUCACACCUGCAGGAAAAAGCCACAAUGAGCUCAGCGUCCCCAGUGUGCUGUUUGCCGGGGGGAUGGCUGGCAUCUUUAACUGGGCCGUCGCAAUUCCAGCUGAUGUACUUAAGUCUCGUUUCCAAACAGCUCCUGAAGGAAAAUAUCCCAACGGUUUCCGGGAUGUUCUGCGGGAGCUGAUCAGACAGGAAGGCGUGGGCUCUCUGUAUAAAGGCUUCAAUGCUGUCAUGCUUAGAGCUUUCCCUGCAAACGCAGCUUGUUUCUUAGGAUUUGAGCUCGCAAUGAAGUUCCUAAACUGGGCAGCACCAAACCUGUGAUGAUGACUCAGCGUCGCCUUGUAUGUGAAUCCCAGGAACAGAGCUGCUUAAAACAACACCGUUAUAAGCAGCACACACACACAAACACACACACACACUGAAUCACAAAGAGAUUUUAUCAGUUUUCCAGUAAUGUGCUUGAUUAUCUUUGAAAUCUUGUGGUACUGUAGAGCACAUGAAUCAUUCAGAUCUGCGGAGGGUUCAGAGCAGACCAGUAAACACACACACACACACACACACACGCAGUCGAAUGUUCUCACUCCUUUUUGUUUUACUUUUUUUUUUUUUAAAUUGUGUUAUUUUUUUAUAUUAGAAAAGGAGUGAAGAGAACAUGCCGUGCCUUACCUUCCGUUAUUAUCUGCGAGCAGGUGUACAUAUCAGGGACAAGGUGCAUUAUGUUGUACUGUGUGUGUGUUCAGUCUCUCUCAGCAAUACACGCCUUUCAGACUGUCUGCUUCCUGUAUGGUCACCCUCCACUCAGUGACCACCAAUGCUCACUACACUUUCUGUUCAUGUGAAAUUAUGAGCGUAGUUAUAAUGAGAUUGAUCAAACAGUAUAUGAAUGUCAUCAUGUAAAGAAAUAAAAAACAGAAUCCAUCUUUAGAAAUAAGACUCUCAUGCUUUUUUUUCCCUCUAAAUUCACUUUUUAUUUGGAUUUAUUGUCAUCAAACGUAGAAGCUUUGAUCGUCUGUGCUUAUUGAAACAACUGCAACAAAGAACGACAAUAAACCGAGUGAUAAUUCAUAUUAAAGACAGUAGGUCAAUAGAAUUUAAGGAGAAAUUAAAUAAUAAAAGAAGAAAUAAAAUGCAUAGUGAAAAAAUACAGAAGUUAGUCAGUAGAGCCAGUUGUUCUUUCAUCAUAAGGAUGUAAUAAUUCCCAUUUCAACCAUCAGUUGAAGGUAUUUUUAAUCAUGACUUCUGCCUGCAGCAUUUAACAUUCAAAAUACAACCACAACCUCAUUUCCAAAAAAGUUGGGACGCUGUUAAAAUGUUAAUAAAAACAAAAUGCAAUGAUGCUAUGAUAAACUCAGGAAAAUAAGUAUUCAACAUGUCAAUUUUUUUCCAUUACACAUACUUCAAAUGAGGCUAUUGACAUGAAGGUUAGACCAGACAUUGGUAUCAACACAGUAAAACAACACUGAUAAAGAAAUCAUAAUGUUUCAAUCCAUAAAAAUUCUGUGCAGUAAAGUGGAACGACACAGGAAAAAGAACUGAACAUGUACUUGGAGAAGCUGCCUUGAUGCUUCUUGUGUAACGAAACUAAUCCUCAGUGUUCAGGUGAGAUUUUGGCCCACUCCUUCACACACAGUCUUUAAAUCCUCGAGAUUUGUGGUUGUGAAUCUUUAGAAAGAAAUUUCACUUUCAGUCCUCAAACCCUGAAUGUUCUUCAAAGGACAGGUGAUGUGACACAACGGUAAACAUGCUGCUGUCCCAACUUUUUUGGAGUGUGUUGCAGCAUCAAAAGUGAAUAUUUACAAAAAACAAUAAAGUUUAUCAGUUUGAACAUUAAA